AAAUUCCUCGCGCUUCACUCCUUAGGGCUCGAAAAUCUCUCUCCAACUCCUCAACUUUCUCUCACUUUCUCGCCACCCAAACGCCAUAUAUUUACUGAAUCUCCCGAUUUGAACUCCGUAUUAGGGUUUCAGUGCCAGAAAUGGGCGUUAAUCUGACCGAAGGCGCCAUCUCGAUGCUUUGCAGCGGCGACGCGCAAGGGUCCGAUGUGAAGCCGGUGCUGCAAGUGGCGGACAUCAGAUUGGUGAAUACUCAGCAGCAGAGCAACAGCAACGAAAGGUUUCGGAUACUGCUGUCGGAUGGGUGCCAUCUGCAGCAGGGGAUGCUGGCGACGCAGAGGAACGAGUUGGUGAAAUCCGGGAGGUUGCAGAAGGGGUCGGUUGUUCAGUUGACUCAGUUUGUCUGCAACGUCAUCAAGGAUCGCAUGAUUAUUAUUAUCAUUGAUUUGGAUGUGAUACUUGAAAAGUGUGAUCCUAUUGGGGAACCAAAACAAUAUGUGCAAGGUGGAACUGCUGGUGGUGUUGCUCCUAUUGCAAGAACUUCAGCGCCCAUGCCAUCCUCAGUGGACCAUCCAGGGACAGUGCUGGGAAAUCCUCAAUCUUUUGGCAAUAGUUCACUCACUGGUGGCUCUGCUGCUAAACCAAAUAUGGCUGGGGUAGCUUCUCCAUACCAUGCUAAUUCUUUUUCCAGCAAUCCUGACUCAGGACGAUUUGCUGGAACAAAUGCACCUCCGAUGUACAGCAAAAUGCAACCUGACGCUGGAAUUCCUGCAUCAGCAGCUUCAACUGGAUCAUAUGGUGACCAGAGUACAGGUUUUCGGAACAAUAAAGUAGAAGUUUCACGGGCUCCUUAUAAUGCUCCUGCACGCCAGCCUCAGUCUGCAUAUCAGCAGCCACCUCCAAUGUACACAAAUAGAGGACCUGUGGCUAGGAAUGAAGCUGCUGCCAGAAUAAUUCCAAUUGCUGCUCUUAAUCCUUAUCAGGGAAGGUGGACAAUUAAGGCCAGAGUUACUGCAAAGGGAGAACUUCGGCACUAUAAUAAUCCUCGGGGUGAUGGCAAAGUAUUCUCUUUUGAUCUUCUGGACUCGGAUGGUGGAGAAAUUAGGGUAACAUGUUUCAAUGCUGUGGCUGAUCAAUUCUACAAUCAGAUUGAAACUGGUAAAGUGUAUUUAAUUUCCAAGGGGAGCCUGAAACCUGCUCAAAAAACUUUCAAUCACCUUCGCAAUGAUCAUGAGAUAUUCUUAGAGAGUACAUCAACAAUCCAGCCUUGCUUUGAUGAUGACAACUCAAUCCCGAGGCAACAAUUUCACUUCCGGUCCAUCAGUGAUGUUGAAAGCAUGGAGAACAACAGUGUUGUGGAUGUAAUUGGUGUGGUCUCUUUUAUCAGUCCCUCUGCUUCCAUAAUGAGGAAAAAUGGUACUGAAACUCAGAAGAGAGCCCUCCAUUUGAAGGACAUGUCUGGCCGAAGUGUUGAAUUAACUCUAUGGGGAAAUUUCUGCAAUGCGGAAGGACAAAGGCUGCAAAAUAUGUGUGAUUCUGGGGUAUUUCCUGUUCUGGCUGUGAAAUCUGCCAGGGUUAAUGAUUUCAAUGGGAAAGCAGUGGGGACUAUUUCUACCAGCCAACUGUUCAUAGAGCCAGAUUUUCCAGAGGCUCGCAAGCUUAAAGAAUGGUUUGACAAGGAAGGGAGGAACACCCCUUCUGUCUCUAUUUCCAGAGAAGUAACAAGUAUGGGCAGAACAGAUGUUCGAAAGACUAUUUCUCAAAUCAAAGAUGAGAGGCUAGGGACUUCAGAAAAGCCAGAUUGGAUUACUGUCUGUGCAACUGUUUCUUUCAUAAAAGUUGAUAAUUUUUGCUAUACAGCAUGCCCCAUUAUGAUUGGUGAUCGUCAAUGCAACAAGAAGGUUACGAACAAUGGAGAUGGGAAAUGGCGAUGUGAGAGGUGUGAUCAGUCUGUUGAUGAUUGUGACUACAGGUAUAUUCUUCAGUUCCAGAUACAGGACCAUACUGGCUUGACAUGGGUAACUGCAUUCCAGGAAUGCGGUGAGGAGAUCAUGGGCAUAUCUGCGAAAAAUCUGUAUUAUUUGAAAUAUGAAGAACAAGAUGAUGAAAAAUUUGGAGAAAUCCUACGCGGGGUUCUUUUUACUAAAUAUUCAUUCAAAUUGAAAGUGAAGGAGGAGAUAUUCAGUGAUGAACAACGUGUGAAGUCUACUGUUGUCAAAGCAGAGAAGGUAAAUUUCUCUUCUGAGUCCCGGUUUCUUUUGGAUAUGGUGGAGAAGCAUAAAGUAGAAGACUCCACUUUUCCCCUCAAAUCAGAAAAUGUUAUUUCCAAUGGGGGAAUGACUAAUCCUGGACUUGGGAAUGUUGGAAUUAGACAGUCCACACCAUCUGUUAACUAUUCUGGAAAUGCUAGCAAUGCUGGUAGAGAUUUUGGGUUCCCGGCAAACCAAGGGGUUCAGCAUGGGAACCAAUAUGGUAGCUCUGGUCUUUCUGCAACUGGUUCAACUGGUAUGUAUCAGAGUUGCAACAGCUGUGGUGGUACUGGCCAUAGCUCUUCAAACUGCCCUAGUGUCAUGCACUCCCCGAGACAGUCAUCAGGAGGGGGCUAUGUCAGCAGGGCAUCCACUGGCCCAAGUGCUGGAGGCACGACUGGUGAGUGCUAUAAAUGCCAUCAAUUCGGACACUGGGCAAGGGACUGUCCUGGUUUGAACACUGGUCCUCCAGCUUAUGGAAGCAGUGGUGUCAACUCAGGGAGUUACAGCAGCUUUGCAAAGCAACGGGUUGGCGGCUUUUAAACUCAGGGAAUUAAAGUCCACAAAUUUGUAUAAGCUGGGUUUUGCUGAAUCAAAGGUUGGUGGCUUUUAAACUUGGGGGAGAAUGACAGUACACAAAUUUGUAUGGUUUUGUCAAUAUCAUGUUCCAAUAGGAUUUUGGGUUGCUGAGUUCCUUCUGUACAGCAGAUGAUUGCAAUCCAUAACUUGUGUCUAACACAAGGAUCAGAGCAGUCAAAUCCUAGCUUUAGAGCUGUGUCAUGGAAUCCUGUUGCGAGGUCUUCUACUUUAAUGUCAACGCAUUCCUGUAAUAUAUUUUCUGAUGUGGGCUUUUCAGGUACUUGACUAUCAUUUUGGAACUGGUUCUGCUUUCUUUCAGUUUUCUAUUUAUUUUUACUUAUCUUUUGUUUUUUUCA